AUGGCGCAUCAAGCGCACAAUAUCCCAUGGGAUCUACUCACAUCGAAUCUAGAAUGGAAAGCCCCGAAACCUUCGGACAACUUCGGAACAAAUCUCUACCCACGCAUGAAGUCCAAUCAAGCCACUGACCUGAGUUAUUUCGUGGAAGCCUUUGUAAAAAAUCUCGAGGAGCAUGCGGCCUGUGAACGAAAAAAGUAUCAACAGCACGAUGACCCUCCCCAGCCAUCAGAUGUGAUUCUCAACGAAGUCACCGUUCGAAAAAUAUCACCUUCAGUUCGGCGAUGGCGAAAGCAUUGGUGGUCCCAAAGGCUAUGUCCUUCCGAAACCUGCCCCUUGAGGGGUACUGAUUCCGAACCCUGCAAAUGCGAACCCCUUCCUCUGAAAGAAAGACAAAUGUCUGCAUUUCUUCGUCAUUUUGAUCACAUUGAGUAUUGUGAUUACUUUGGCGAAAACAACGCUGUACUUUUCAAUCUAGAAGUUCUGAAAACGUUGCUUCUUUACGGAGAGAUGGAUGCUCUCUUUCGUAUUUGUGCUCAUCCAGAGACGCAUCUUACAAGGACCUAUGAUAAAGGUGUUUGUUUUGAUUGUGGUCGUCACCCAUAUAACGACAUUGGAUGGCACGGGAUAGGUCGAGACAUGCUCUGGAUCUACAUAUGCCUGAACGUAGCAUAUUGCUUUCCGGAACUAUGUGACCCCAAAUGCGGAAGGACAGCAGAAAAGGAUUAUCGCAAUACGAUUUUCUACCAAAAAACCAUUGAUCAUUGCGCGAAAUUUCCUUACGGCUACUACUCUACUGCUGGAAAAUUUCCUCAUAAUCAGUUCUUUGGUCUAGAUCCUCCACACAAAGUUGAAAAGAGAAUAAAAACAGAAGAGAACACGGAAAAACGUCCACCAAGAUGGGAAAAAUAUGCAACCUACCGAGAGCAAGAGCACCCAGGCCCUUAUGGAAGGGAACCGAUUCAUCAAUACCUGUCAUUGUCGACAUCUCGUUAUCUAUCCGAUGGGCCCUCGGUUUCUGAUACUACCCGCGUCCGGAUGACACUCUGCUCUAAGGGUUUACCUGUUGAGUUAGCAUUGGAUAUCAUGGAAUUCGCCAACUACGAACCAGUUCACAGGAAAUUGGACCCACCGCAUGAUCCUCUACACCCUUCAAACCGAGAAGAGCUUGGGAAGUACCUCAAAUACUGCUGGCAGACCAUGGUCCGCUGUUUUAUGUUAAUGAAGGAGCUUGGAUUCGAUCCUGUUAAUGGCGGAAGAGAGGACCCCGGCAUGAACUGGAAAAGUAUGAUCCAGGAUUGUAUUAUUGAGCUCUUUGGUCAUGAGAAGGAUAGGGGUCAUGAUGGGGAUCUCGAGAUUUGGUGGACCCCGGAUCAGAGAGGCGAUAGGAUAUGGUAUAGAAAUAGACGUCCUGACGAGGAGGGCUACCCGGGAUAUGUGUUUGUCUCGCGUUCGGAUAUAAAGGAUGCAUUGGCAAGUGCUAGUGAUGAUUAG